CUCUACACGAAUUGUUUCACAUCGAACCUUAUAUGACACACUAAUCAUUCCCGGUCGUUUGCUUAGCAGCUCUAUUUUUCCCUUUUCAGAUUCACCAGCCACAUCUGCUCAAUGGAGCCGACUGAUGUCAGGAAGCACACUGUCGAAUCGCUUAAGGUUGCUCCUAUCGGCAGUGGCGGAGACUUUUACAGAUACUUUCUGGCAACUCACCCUGAGCACCGUAGAUUCUACAAAGGCGCUAAAAGUCACACUAGUGAAGAUAACUUAGAAAGCGAGAGAUUCGAUAAACUAGGAGACACAAUACUCUUGUUUGUUCACGUCUUGGCAAAUACAUUCGACAAUGAAUCGGUGUUUCGAGCUUACGUGCGCAAAGUGACGUUUAAGCAUAUUGAAGAAACAAUCAGUCCCGCACUUUGGAAGCAUUUCUGGGAAUAUUGGAUAGGAUUUCUGGAGAGCAAAGGUCCUACUUUGAGUGCAGAGGAGAAAUUCGCUUGGAAUAUAUUGGGUACAAUGUUCAACCACGAAUGCCAAACAUUUCUAGCCGCAAUGGAUCGCCUUCACGCAUGA